UGUGAUUGUUUUUGUAGAAUUUUUCUUUUGAUCAUCGGAUGUUUCAUUUAAAAAAUUUAAUUAAUCAAAUUAAUUACCAUACUGUUACUGCUUUGUUGUUUUAAUUUUGAGUAUACUUAUUUUUGCUCCGUACAAUGUACAUCUCGCGCUUUUACAUUUGCUUGAAUAUCGAAGAAAUUUCUUUCAAAAUGUUCUGAAAAUUAAUUAUCAAUGAAACUUUAUCAAUUAGAUUUGUGAUUACAAAUCCGGGGAAUUGAAGAAAAUUUCCCGAUCAUCUUGCGUCGAUUCAUAUAUCAGGUGCAUUGAUAACAUUUCGCUUUAAGAAAUUAAUCUGCAAGAUUUCCUAAUGGCUGAUGAAAGCGGUGAAAUCAUGGAAGGACAUCUUUGUCCUAUAUGUACAAUUGAUCUCGGAUCAAUUCCCAAACUUCAUGCUCACUUUCAAGAAGAGCAUUCCGAUGACAUCAAUAUCAAGAAAUUUUUGAAAGGAAUGGCUGCCAACGUGCGAAAAAUCAUGAAACAGAACACCGAAACUGACGAAUCCAUUAGGCAAAGAAGAAAAGACGUAAUUUACAACCUGGAUAUUUAUAAUAAACCCCAGUCUUUAGGAGCUACUAGAAGUCAUUUCGAAGCUUUCAGAGAAAUUAGAAAUAACAGAGUGGAAGGACUUUCCUCUGAAACUAACAAACUCAUUAUUCGUUUAGAUAAACUUAUUAAUAAUGCUCCUUCGGAUUUAUCUAGAAGAAAAUUGCACGAGCAAACGGUCGUACCAUGGGUAGAUGGUGAAGAUGUAUCACGAUGUCCAGAAUGCACGAAGUCUUUUAACUGGACUCGUCGUCAACAUCACUGUCGUUUAUGUGGUUCGGUGAUGUGUAACGAUUGUAGCUUCUUUUUAUCUUUAGUGAAAGCUAAACAUAUUUUAUCUCAAGGAGUUGAAGAAAAUGGUAUUAGCGAAGAUGAUAACGAAGAGAAUAGUUUAAGAGUGUGUCAAUAUUGUACGAAAUUAUUAGAAAGUAGAGAAUCUAUGCAAGCGAGCCGCAACUGUAAUCCCUUGAUAACUCAAUUGUACGACCAAAUUCGAUCUUAUUUAGCGGAAUUAGAUAAAGAUAUCGAAUUAUAUACUGAAAUGAGUCUUUCAUUGAAUGACGGUCGUUCGACUUACAAUUUGAAUGACGCCAAAGAAUUAUGGGAUAAGAUUAUAAGGCAUUCGGAGAAAGUUGGUCUCAUUAGUGGAAAAAUAGCUUCGUUAGGAAUGAAUGAUCCUAAAAAAAUUCCAACAGAUAAAGAACUCAAGUUACAAAAAUCCAUUAGUAUUGGUGUCAAUGGAUACAUUCAGUCGAAAAUUUUAACAUUGUUGGCUUUACCUUCUGAGGAAAUUUAUAAGAAAUUACAAGAAGAACGAAGGCGUAGAAUUGAGCAAGAAAUUCGGGAAAGAAAGUUGGAAGAAAUAACCGAUUCUUUAUUGUCAUCUCAAAUUAGAACUGAAUUUGUGCAUUGCAAACCAAUUUCUGACAAAUUACAGAAAGAUGUAACUCUGGAUGAUGGAUGGAUUCCUGAUGCCACCGGAAUGUAUCACAAUGACGAUCCGAUUAUUGAGCAAAUGAACAACAUUAGAAGUUACAUUAAACAAGCUAGGGAAGCUUAUAAAUUCGAUGAAGUUGCGAGCUUGGAAAAGAAUCUAAGGGAACUACAAGAAGAAUUCUACCGGCAACAACAAAGUUGUUAGAUUAUCCUUCGUAGACAUUUUUAUCCAUUUUACUGAAACGUAUUAUCCCGUUCCUAUUUUUAAUACGCUUAUUUUCAGAAGAAAGAAAAAGAAUAUGUACGGAUGACUACUCCACAAUUACCUAGUUCAUUAUUAAUACCAUUUUUCAUUUUUUUUAUCGCAAUAUUUAUAACUAUGUUGUUAUUAGCAUCGAAUGUGCUGCACUUUAUACUCUGCUGAGAUACUUUCAAGUAUAUUUUUUAUUUCUAUCA